CGAAGCUCGUUGGUUGUUUCUGUCACGUGAUCACGGGCUGUCCGUGUAGCCACCGUUAGCUUGUUAACAGCAUUAGCGCCGAGCCUUGGAGUAGUUACGUUACACCAGGAAAUGGUGCGUUAUUUCCAGCCACGCCAAAGCUAGGAGCUGUCAAACAUAUGCAGUAACACCAUUUCACUUAUUUCGUGAUUUAUCUCUUGUUGUCUUGGCAGCUUCCUGGCACAAAAUACAAGCUGGGUGAGCGUUGGCUACAUGGCUGUUUACACCAGCAUUAAACAGAUGGGCAUGUGACCAAAGACCAGGGUCUACAGCACAUGAUCUGGACAAGUGGAAGAGGCCAAAAUCAAUUAGGGAUCAUUCAUCAUAAAGUGGUCGAACAGACGUAAACAGCCAUGACAACAAAAACAUCCCUGCUGAAAGUCAUCCUGCUGGGUGAUGGCGGUGUAGGAAAGAGCUCCAUCAUGAAUCGUUACGUCACUAACAAGUUUGAUGCACACCUUUUCCACACUAUCGGUGUGGAGUUCCUCAACAAGGACCUGGAGGUAGAUGGCCACCAGGUUACCCUACAGAUCUGGGACACUGCUGGACAGGAGCGCUUCCGCAGCCUGAGGACUCCUUUCUAUCGUGGCUCUGACUGCUGCCUGCUCACCUUCAGCGUAGAUGACAACCAGAGUUUCCUCAACUUGGGAAAUUGGAAGAAGGAGUUCAUCUACUACGCAGAUGUCAAGGAGCCAGAGAAGUUCCCAUUCGUGGUCUUGGGCAACAAACUGGACGUGCCAGAGAGGCAGGUGUCUACGGAGGAGGCUCAGCGAUGGUGCCAGGAGAGCGGCGACUUUCCGUAUUAUGAGACCAGUGCCAAGGAUGCCACUAAUGUAGCAGUGGCUUUUGAGGAGGCAGUACGUAGAGUUUUGGCAAUGGAUGAGAGAACGGACCACCUCAUCCCCACGGACACAGUCAAGCUCCACAGAAAGCCUCGCUCUGCUGCCACUUGCUGUUCAUAACAUGCAGUGGUUAUCAUUAACAUGAUUUUGCUGUCAUUGCCUGUUAUGUGAUGAGGCUGUAGGUGUACAAUGCUGUAGUAACAUCUUAUUUAAACAGAAUAUGCUAAUGGAUUUAUGAUUUGCUGUACCGUUGAAGUUUUGAAUGCUAAUAGGGGCUUCUGUUCAAGGAGAGAGAGGAAACACUAAAUUCAUCCCAGUCUUAUUACAAAUAAACAUGAAAGCACUGAA